GUUAAAUAUUAUAUACAUUAUACAGUAUACAAAUAUACAAAUAUACAAAAAAAUAAAUAAAUAAAUAUAUUAUAUUAAAGUAUAAAAUAUAGUAUAAAAAAUAAAUAAAUAUAAAAUAAAAUAAAAUAGUAAGUUUUUUUUUUGAAUUUUUUUCUUUUACUCUUAACCAUGACGAACCCGAACGAAAGUGUUCCCGAAGGAAGAAAGAAGAAGCAAGGUUUACGGUCAAACAACGGCAGUGGAAUUAUGACACCCACAUCCCCACAAUACCCUCCUUAUGGCUACAUGGAGACUCAGAUGUACGAGAAUCCUGCUGGAUUCGAUCCUAAUGAUCCGGCUGCUGCGUAUGCUUAUGUCUAUCCUCUUAGUCCUCAGUUUUCGGUACAGUAUUAUUCAGACUUCUCUAAUGGCUACCAGAGCUACCCCGGCUCGCCUGCUCUCCAUCCCCAGUCGCCAUCUGCCCAUCCUCAGUCGCCACCUUUCAGUCCCACAUAUGCCUACCAACCCACCCUCACCCUCUCACCACCCACACAUGCCUAUGCGGUCCCUCAUCAGCACUUCCCUCCUCUACACAUUUCCUCCCCGCUCCUCACCGGAGUUGGCUCGCCCGGAUCCCCACAAUACAUCUCCCUCCCAGGCCCCUUUGGCGUCGACCGCUCAAUCAAGUCUAUGGCUGAGCAGCUAGAAUCAAACCAAUUCCAUCCCCAGAAUGUUUAUGUAAGAGGUCUUGCUCCAACUACUACUGACGAAUCAUUCCUUGAACUAUGUGCCGCUUAUGGUGAGAUUACUUCAUCAAAGGCUAUUCUUGACCAAAAGACAGGAGAGUGCAAAGGUUAUGGAUUCACAAUGUAUGCCAAUGAUGAUGAUUGUACAAAGGCCAUCGAAGGUCUCAACAAGGCUGGUCUCCAGGCAUCUUUUGCAAGAGUAGGCCAGGAAUCAUUUAGUUCGAAACUACGCAGUCUCCAGGAUGAGACAUCGACAAAUAUCUAUAUAUCCAAUCUUCCAUUGGACACAACUGAACAGAAACUUGAGGAGCUGUUUCAACCUCUUCAGACCAUAUCAAAUCGCAUUUUGCGCGAUCCUCAAUCUGGUAUGAGUAGAGGUGUUGGAUUUGCUAGAAUGGCAGAUCGUCAUGCUGCUUCGGCUAUCAUUGAACGAUUCAAUGGACAAAAUGUUGUGGGUUCAUCUGCACCUCUUCAGGUCAGGUUCGCAGACUCUGCUGCUCAAAAGAAGCUUAAAAGUCAGACAUCUCGUAAGCGAAUGCUCAGACCGCGCGAUUUCCACACAAUGGCUGGGUUUCCUGUGCGCCCAAUGAUGCCCAUCACUCCAGAGACGAUGCUAGGCAUUGCACCUUCUGUGCCCAACCAACAAUUCUAUCAAGACUCUUCUCUCCAAUACGCCCAGUACGCACGUCCUCAUGUUACUUCUCAGCCCACACAGCCCACAACAUCCGAGCAAACCCUUGUUGACACAGUAGAAAAACAAUUGUCAAUCAAAGAAAACCUUUUGACCAACCCAACCGAUUAAAACAACACCAACAACCACGACAAACAAACAAACAAAUAUCCGUCUUCUUUCCCUCCUCCAAAAAAAAAAGAAAGAAAGAAAAAGAAUGAAGAGGUAUUCUCUCUUUGUUUCAAUCUCUCUUUACAUAUAUCUCAGUUUAUCUGUCUUUCUGCCUUUCUAUUUACCCUUUGUUAUUGUUACCGUUACUAUUACUGUUGUUACCACUCAUUUAUUGUGUCCGUCCUAUUGCUAGAUUUGCUUCCUUGUUUAUUUUUCUUUAUUAAAAAAAAGGCCUCUUUCUUUUUCAUUUCUUUUUCAUUUUCAUUUUCAUUUCCCCUGUAGUCAUAAUGAGAAAUGAUAAUAAUAAUUAUAAUAAUAAUAAUAAAAAGUAAAAAAUGUGUAGCGUGAGUG